AUGGAUACAAACUUCACAAUGGACCCAAACUACACAAUGGACACAAUGGCGACAACGGACACAAAGGACACAACGAACACACUUGACAUAGACGACUUCUAUUCCUUUUUGGAGAAAAAUGCUGGAAUGGAUCUAGUUAUUGAUCCUCAACUAUCACAGCAAGAUGAGCAGCAAGUUGAGCAGCAAGUUGAGCAGCAAGCUGGCCCCAAUGUGGGCCCCAUGAGCAAGGAAUUCAAGCUUCCGGAGCUCCCAAAACCCGGGCGCAAACCCGCAAAGGACGAAGGCACCAAGCGGCAGCGCCAGAAUCGUGCCUCGCAGAAGAGGCACCGCGAUAAGAAGAGAGAAGCCGUCCAGGAGCUGACGGAAAAAUAUCAACAAGAAAGGGAAUAUGGGGAGCUUGUUAGAGAAGCUGCCCAUGUAAAAAUCAACCGCCUGCAGGCCGAAUUGGAUACCAAAAUCCAGAAGAUCGCGCUCUUGGAACAGAAGAACGGGGAGCUGAGAGAUCAGAUUAAUCAGUUACUCCCUCCCCCGCCUCCACCUGAACCUGAACCUUCUGUAUUUGAUUUUAUGCAGUGGGAGCAACGAUAAACCGACGCGGUAAGUUCUCUGGAUACAUCAUAACAUACUACAGAUACAACAAGAUAGCAUGUUUUGGCAUUCCGCGAUCUCAUCUGUGGAACACAAUGCAGCUGUGUUGACGCACUGUAACAUGUCUGGAUCAAAUACACAUGCACUGAAUUUCAACAUAUACUGACUUCCAAUG